AUGGAGGCCAUGGACAAUAUCGUUCAAGGGUUUACUAAGAAUCUAGCGAUCUUGGAGGCUAAGGUUUUCAAGAUUGUAGGUGUUGAGGAGUUAAGUUCUUUGCAGGCUGAUCAUUUCCUUGUGGUUGGUGGUUUCCUCACAGCCAAGCCUUUCCAUAAGGAGGCGUUGUUUGGUCCUAUGAAGAAUAUUUGGCGUACACGAAAGGAUGUCACCGCGGUCCCUUUGGAUGCACCAGCGAGGUUUUUCUUCUCUUUUAAGUAUGAUCUUGAUCAUAGAAGAGUGUUGAGGAGUUCUCCCUAG